CAUACUGCUAACUGCUCUCCUCUCCUGCUACCUCCACGUUCUCCUCUCCUCUUCUCCCUUCUUCCCUUCUUCCUCCUCCUCCUCCAGAUCCACCCUCCGCCGCCCUCAUUUCGCAGCCGCGGGUUUGGAUUACCGUGAAAUGAGCUUUCUUCUCCUCUCUGAAAAGGUCAGUUUGGUGGUGGAAAGAUUGGAUUUUGAUUCCCCCGAUUCGCUUCCCCUCCGGAAAGAUUCAACCUUGUCAGCUCUCCAUCCCUCAACGAGGCAGUACUAGGAGCUAUCAAUCAGCUAUGGCGGAGGCGGUGGAUGGGGGCAGCUGGGAGGACAUGCUGAGGAGGAUCCUCCCGCCGGGGUCCCCCAUCCCGGAGGCGCCGCCGAAUCUCGAUUACUCCAUAGCCCUAGAGUACGACGGCCCACCGGUGGCCUAUGACCUACCUAGGGUGGACCCCGUCGAGAUCCCCACGGCGGAGCCGGUGUCCGGCCCGCAGAGGCUUGGGAACGGAGGAGGGUUGCCGGUUGUGGAGCCCAUCCCGCUCCCAGUGUCCCGGAUUGCCCGGUGCGCCGAGCCCGUGUCGGCGCAGGUCGGCGGCGGCAGCUCGGAUUCGGUCAAUUCGGUACUGCAGAAUGAGGAGUUUGACGAUGAUGAUGAUGAUUCCCGCUCGUUGUCGCAUGAUUCAGCGCAGAGCUCGCCGGGGCCGCAGGAUAGGAGCCGCCGGACGCAGGAGGGGAGGAGAGGCGCCACGGUGACGUUCGGGUUCACGCCGGACAGCAAGUGUGAGAGCAAGGAGUUCGAGGAGAUGUCCGAGCAGUACGUGGUGGUGACCAAGAAGGAGAAGAGGAGGAGGGCGUGCUAUCGGUGUGGGAAGAGGAAAUGGGAGAGCAAGGAAGCGUGCAUCGUGUGCGAUGCGAGGUACUGCGGCUACUGUGUGCUGAGGAUGAUGGGGUCGAUGCCGGAAGGGCGCAAGUGCGUCACUUGCAUUGGCCAGCCAAUUGAUGAGUCCAAGCGGUCAAAGCUAGGGAAGAACUCAAGGACACUCUCAAGGUUACUUAGCCCCUUGGAAGUAAGGCAAAUAUUGAAAGCCGAGAAGGAGUGCCAAGCAAACCAGCUUCGGCCGGAGCAACUUAUUGUGAAUGGUUGUCCACUGGGGCCAGAUGAGCUGACAGACCUGCUUAGUUGCUCCCGGCCACCUCAGAAGCUGAAGCCUGGAAAGUAUUGGUAUGACAAGGAGUCAGGUUUAUGGGGAAAGGAAGGAGAAAAACCGGAAAGAAUUAUUAGUUCUAACCUCAGCUUUACUGGGAAGCUUCAGGCUAACGCCAGUAACGGAAAUACCCAAGUUUAUAUAAAUGGAAGGGAAAUAACAAAGAUUGAGCUGAAAAUUCUAAAGGUUGCAAAUGUUCAAUGUCCUCGUGAUACUCAUUUUUGGGUUUAUGAUGAUGGUCGCUAUGAGGAAGAAGGACAGAACAACAUCAAAGGAAAAAUCUGGGAGUCGGCUUUGACACGUUUUGCAUGCGCAUUAUUUUCACUUCCGGUGCCUCCUGGGAACUCUAAUGAAACGAGAGAUGAAGUUCACUAUUCUGCAAGAACUGUUCCUGAUUAUUUGGACCAGAAAAGAAUCCAAAAGCUGCUGCUUCUUGGACCAGAUGGUGCUGGUACAAGCACAAUUUUUAAACAGGCUAAGUACUUGUACGGGACAAGAUUCACCCAAGAAGAACUUGAAAACAUCAAACUGAUUAUCCAAAGCAAUAUGUUCAAGUACCUUGGAAUUUUGCUUGAGGGUCGUGAACGCUUUGAGGAAGAAGCUUUAUCUAGAUCAAAUUGCACAAUUUCAGAGGAUGAAGAAACCCAACAAGAUGAAAAUAAAGCAAAUGGUUCAAAUUCCUGUAUAUACUCGAUAAAUCCAAGGCUGAAGAAAUUCUCAGAUUGGCUUUUGGAUAUCAUAGCGAUGGGCGAUCUAGAUGCUUUCUUCCCUGCCGCAACGCGAGAAUACGCUCCAUUUGUUGAUGAGAUGUGGAAGGAUCCUGCCAUACAAGCAACAUAUAAAAGAAAGGACGAAUUGCAUUUCCUUCCUGAUGUUGCUGAGUACUUCUUGAGCAGGGCCAUUGAGGUAUCGAGCAAUGAGUAUGAACCUUCAGAGAAAGAUGUGAUCUUUGCUGAAGGUGUAACACAAGGGAAUGGGUUGGCUUUCAUUGAAUUCGCCCUUGAUGAUCGCAGUCCCAUGUCUGAGCCUUACAUUGAGAACCCUGAAGCACAUUCCCAGCCUCUUACCAAAUAUCAGUUGAUUAGAGUAAGUGCCAAGGGCAUGAAUGAUGGCUGCAAGUGGGUGGAAAUGUUUGAGGAUGUCCGCAUGGUGAUAUUCUCUGUAGCCCUCAGUGACUAUGACCAAGUGGGACCUCCUGUAUAUGGCAGCAGUCGGCCUCUCUUGAACAAGAUGAUGCAAAGCAAAGAGUUAUUUGAGGCUACGAUUCGGCAACCAUGCUUCUGCGAUACUCCUUUCGUCCUGGUACUCAACAAGUAUGACCUCUUUGAGGAGAAGAUCAACCGCGCACCUCUAACGACCUGCGAGUGGUUCAACGACUUCUCCCCGGUGCGGACACACCACAACAACCAGUCGCUCGCCCAGCAGGCGUACUACUACGUAGCGGUGAAGUUCAAGGACCUGUACUACGAGCACACGGGCCGGAAGCUCUUCGUGUGGCAGGCGCGUGCCCGUGACCGCCAGACGGUCGACGAGGCGUUCAAGUACGUGAGGGAGAUCCUCCGGUGGGAGGAUGAGAAAGAGGAGAACUUGUAUGGCGGCGGGGAAGACUCGUUCUACAGCACCACGGAAAUGAGCUCCUCUCCUUUCAUCCGAGCAGAAUGAAUUCGACAUUGGCUGCUGAAAUCGAAUUCUUUGCAACCCGGCGAAAGAGUGCCCGGUUCCUUUCGCCGAAUUGGUACAGAAAACAUUGGAUAUGGUUGUAUAUUGAUUUUACAGGUUAUCCUGAUCGAAAUUGUUGCUGUUCAUCACCUGAAGAGAAUAGGAUCCGUUGGUCCUGUUGUUGCGCUAGCCUGUACUAAUUUUUUUCGAAACAAAUGUACAAAGAAAGAAAGAAAAAGUUGUGUGAUAUGUUUGUGAUUUGUACCAGUAAAAAGGUAAAAAGCAAAAGUGUGGAUGAUAGUGGCCA